AUACGAAAAUUCAGUGUGAAGUAAAACAGAUAAUGAACGGUGUCAGCGCCCAACUGGUCAGACAGAACAACACGGAACUCAAUCAGUUCCUGAAGACGAUGAUAGUGAUGGUAGUGAUGAUAAAAAGGACUUUGUUGAAAAGCUGAAGGCACUGUAUAGAGAAGAAUGGAAACAGAAAACUUGUGAAGAACUGAUGGGGAACAAAUACUUCAAAGACAUUCCAGAGUUCUUAGAAAACUCACCAAGAAAGCUUUUAUUAACAUUUAAAACAGCUAAAGAGCUAUCUGAAGAAUUAGUAAAGUUCACAAAAAAUAACACUGAAGGGGGGCGCUCAUAUUGGCCACUGGUAAAGUGUGUGACUGUGAAGGUACCAGAGAAUCCACUUCUCCAGCACGUCACACUGGUGGACCUUCCUGGAAACGGUGACAUUAACAAGAGCAGGGAUAACAUAUGGAAACAGAUUGUUGGAGACUGUUCUACUGUGUGGAUUGUGACUGAAAUGAACCGAGCAGCAUCAAAGAAAGGACCCUGGAAAAUCCUGAAAAGUGUUAAAAGUCUUAUUGGAAAUGGUGGCGAGUGUCGUCAGAUUCACUUUAUCUGCUCCAAGGCCAGAGGAUGUUCGGAAACUUGUAUUGAACAAAAACAAAAAAGCAAAGGAUAUGGUGAGAAAACAAUUCCAGGAAAAAAAGAAUUUGAAACACUUCAGUUUUGAAGUAUUCACGGUGAGCUCCAAAUGGUUUCAAGCAAAGACACAUCUAAGUCCAGAAGAGACUGAAAUACCCAUGCUUCAGGAUAUUUUGCGUAAUCUCAAUGAUGAUCACUCAGAAGCUUUAAACUAUGUGUCUGGAGCUUGUGGGAUACUGUCUUUGAUUCAAGGGGCCAGUCUGAGGAACAUGGUGGAAAAACUAAAGGCAAGACUGAGCAAAAUAAUUCGAGACAGCAAGAAAAGAAUCUACCUCAGUCUAACAGAGAAGACUGAGGAAGCCAUGAAAGAGUGUUAUGACAGAGCUAAAACACUUUCUGGAAAGGGCGUGCUGAAGAACAUGGCAGAAACAAUAAAAAAUCAUGUGCAAAAAUUAGAGAACAUCAUGUUUGAAGAAGCCAAACAGGAGAUGUUGGCCAGGCUGCGGAGUUUGACGGAGGGAAUCCCAAGGCUCCUGGAGGAAACUCUGAACAAAUCCAUUGAGCUCUCACUCAAGACCAAUGAUGACUCAAUGCCAG